UCGCUGUUGAAGAAAGUCAAAGUGGAGAAAUAGUCGCUGGAUAAAAUAGCUCCGCAUAAGUACAGCAGCGACAGAGCUGCCAGCACAACACCCCCGCCAGCAGGUGCCAUGUUGUGAGUAAUGUUGUGAGCAGGUGCGCGUAAAAGCUCCGCCCCUUCUGAGAGAGCAGGAAGCAGUGGGCGUUGUUUUCAGACUGUAGGGAGAAUGGCACCGGGAGCUUUUAAAUGCAUCGAGUGCAAUGAAGAUGCGAACGAGCUGCAUCGAGAUUACAGCAAUGGCAUAUUGAAGAUCACCAUAUGUGCCUCAUGCAAGAAACCGGUGGACAAAUACAUUGAAUAUGAUCCAGUUAUUAUUCUAAUAGAUGCAACUCUAUGCAAAAUUCAGGCAUUUAGACAUAUUCUCUUCAACACUGAGAUUAACAUCCACUGGAAGCUGUGUGUGUUCUGUCUGCUCUGUGAGGCAUAUCUGCGGUGGUCUCUUCUUCAGGGGUCACAGCCCAGCGGUGACCCCGCUGACAUCAUCCGUUACACUAAAGAGUGGGAUUUUUACUGCAUGUUUGCAUUGGCUGCACUUGAGCUGGCUGUGUUUUGCACGGGCGUGCUGCUGAUCCUCUGGACGGUCCGACGCUUUAAUGGCGCUUCUAUAGAGUUUCAUUCACUGCUGAAGGGUCUUUUGCUCUCCAGCUACGGUAAAGUCCUGCUGAUACCUGCUGUCAUCUGGGAGCACGACUUUUCCCCGCUCUGCUUCAGCCUCAUACGACUGUUUGUGUUGACCUCCAACACACAAGCCAUCAAAGUGAUUCUGAACUGCAGUAGACGUCUGUCUCUCCUGGCGGUGUGUGCUGGCUUACUCUUGGAGACUUUUGUUUCCCAAGCUUUCAAAACACUGCAGGUCUCCUCUCAAGACUAUCUGCCAGUGUUUUAGAACCAAACCGAAGGACCUCGUUCCAGAAGUCUGUAGAAAUGAAUGAGACGGACAUCAAGAUUAUCUGAAUCCAACAGUCCUGCACUCAGCGAUUUCUGUUUUGCAUUGUUUUAUUUCUCUUUUGAACUAGUUCUAGAUUAGUUUGUCUAAUGCUUUGGAAACGUUGUUUGGUCUCUACACAGAAAUGUUUGUGAAACUAAAUGAGGUCACGGAGAGCAAAUUGCUCAUUUUUACCAUGGUUACCGCGAGGUUAUGAGUUUUUUUACUUCUGGUAUUUUCUAAGAUAGGUUUUAAAACUGCACCUUUUUGACUAUUAUAGAUUCACCUCAAGGCAAAGAGGAUUAUUUUGGGUUUGUAUAGGCCGGAACGUCAGUAGGCCUGUUGGUUUAGCGCAACGCCGUAUGUUUACGUAGGCUUUGAAGACACGGCUUUACAUUCCUGAGGUAAUUUGUCAAAUUCCUGCCAAAGAGCCCUGCGGAGGAGAGACGUUAACGCAAAUAUACUGCAUAUGGCUGCGGUUCACAUACUCCAACAAUCUGUUUCAUAUUGGACGGUUUCAGUAUGAACUUUGAACAGCAACGAAUUGCUAUAUUAACGAAAUAAAUCUUCAAUUUUGC